UUGUGCUGUUGGGUGAUGAUGAUGAUGAUGAUGAUGAUGACGACGACGACGACGACAAUGACGAUUAUGACUGCCCGCUAGUCAGUGUUGAGUUUAAAUGAUGCGGCCUCCUGUGUGCUGCCAGUCUGUCAGAGACUCAGAGACAGGCAGUCAGAGACAGAGAGUUGACUCAGAGGAGGAGACAUCUUCACAUCGUUCACUUGACUUCAGACACUUUCAUUUCACCACACAAUGGACUUAUUCAACUCAGCGCUCGGUAAAAACAUCACUUUUAUGCAUCCGGCCUAUUUCAUUAUAACUGGUUUGUCUGGCAUCCCCAAUAUAAGACACUACUAUGUCUUUCUCUUCUUUGUUUAUAUUGUGUCAGUGCUGGGAAACACACUUGUAAUGGCUUUGAUAUACUUAGAUCCUAAACUUCGGACCCCAAAAUAUGUUGCAGUGUUCAACCUUGCGUUUGUGGACCUGUUUGGGAACACUGCCUUGGUGCCUAAAGUUCUGGACAUUUUUUUGUUUAACCAUCCACAAAUCCCUUACAAUGACUGUCUGACUUUCCUUUUCUUCUGCUACACCUGUCUGUGCAUGCAGUCUUUCAAUCUGGUUGCCCUCUCCUAUGACAGACUGAUAGCUAUUACUUAUCCACUGCACUAUCAAGUGAAGGUAACCCAUAAAUUUAUGCUGUAUUUGAUUGCAUCUUUUUGGGUCUUUUCUAUCAUUGCUGUCCUCAUUGCUGUCGGCCUCAUCACCAGACUCUCCAUCUGUGAGUCUGUAUUUGUUAACAGCUAUUUCUGUGACCACGGUCAGAUUUACCGCCUGUCUUGCAACGACCACUAUCCCAAUUAUGUCCUCAGCUGUUUGUAUCCUGUCCUCAUUUUCUGGCUCCCACUUGUUUUUAUUUUGUUGACCUACUUGUACAUCGGCAGUACUUUGGCAAAGGUGGCUACAGUUCAUGAAGGACUCAAAGCCUUUAAGACCUGCAUCGGUCAUCUGUCGCUGGUAGCGGUCUAUUUCAUUCCAAUGUUGAUCACCUUCACACUAAUGGAAAAAAUCCAUCCUAAUGCCAGGAUCCUAAACCUGUCUCUCACCUCUGUGUUUCCUCCCAUGUUGAACCCUAUCGUUUACGUCCUGCAGACGCAAGAAAUCAAAGAAUCUUUAAAAAAAUUACUGCAUAUUAGAGACAAAGCCAACAAAAUACUUUCAAUUUGA